AAUUUUGCCCCACGAGACGAGCAGACUCUUUUUGUGAGGAACGUGAAAAGCUAUGGCUUCCCACAGAGAGUUACAGAGGUUGGAAGACGAGAACAGGACGCUCUCCCAACGGCUGACCGACACGGAAGUCGAGUUGUCCCGCAAAGAGGAUGAGCUGAAAGCUACAAGCGUCAGGAAAGUGGAGAUGCUGAACGGCCUGAGAGAGCACCAGAGGCGGCUCAAGGAGACAAAGUGCCAGCUGGAAAAGCUAGAGAUGGCCGAAGAGGCGGCUCAGGCUGCGGCACGUGAGGCGAGGCAGCAGCUGGAGAAGCUGGAGGGGACGCAGAGAGACCAGGCCGCCUCCAGCAAGAUCACCGUCAGCAACCUGCAGCUGGAAAUCAAAUCACUCAGCACCAAGUUGGCAGAGAAGACAGAUCAACAUGAGGCCCUGCAGGAGCAGCUUCACCAGAACGAGAAGCACACGGCAGAACUGCAAGACCAAAGGACAAAGACCAGCAGGGAAGGCUCUUCGAGACUGGCCAACCUAAACCAGGCCCUUAUGAAGUUGAAGCAGAGUGUUGCUCAGUUGUCAGAGGAGAAUGUGACACUAAAAAACAGAGAGCAGGAGCUAGUGGAAAGGUGCGAGAGCCUGGAACACCAGCUUGCAAAAGGUCCACAAGAAGCGAAUAGUGCCACGGGCGGACCACUUGCACCGUCCACACCCACCAGGCGUCCGCACACGUGCCCACACCCGUCAACCCCUGCCCGUCCCAUACCGGGCGAGACCAAACUGGAGUCUGUCCAAACAGAGAACGAAAAACUCAAGAAGGAGCUCCAGUGCAUGCAGACCAACUUCCAGCUAAUGUCUCAGAAAUCCGCCACGGUCAAGAAGGAGAAGAAGGAGAUCGAGCAGUCGCUGACAGAGCUACAGGCCGAAUUCGACCGCAUCCUCACUGAGAAAACCAACACGGAGACAAAACUGGAAGAAACACGGGCAUCUCUCUCUAACAAGCUCAGCACCGUGUCGACCAGUCAAAGGAAACAGGAGGAACUGGAGCAAGAGAUUUCGAGUCUUCAGUCGGAGUUGUCUCAGUUGGCAUCUCAAACCAGCCAACUGGAGGAACAGCUGGAGACGGAGAAGAGGCGGUCGGAGUCCAGCGAGGAGUUUGCCCGUCAGCUGCAGGAGAAGGCCAAGAACCUCAAGGAAUGGAAGGUGCAGGCAGAGAGCAAGAUCGCAACGCUCACCUCACAACUGAGGGCCCUAGAGGAAGAAUUAGCCGACAACCGCAGCUCAAAGACGGCCCAGUUCAGCCAACAGAGGCAGGAGAGCGAGGCCAUUGCUGUCUACAAGCAGAAGCUGGAGAGGAUAAGAGGAGAGCGCAGGGAGCUGGAGGAGAGGCUGGGAGAGGCUGGGCAGGCACUGGAAGAGGAACACAUCAAGAACUCCCUCCUUGAGAAAGCCAACAAGGCUCUAAAGAGGCAGCUGGCACGCGUUGAAUUGGUUCAGCAAGAGCUGCAGGAGCAGAAGGAGCACGGGUCAGGGUUGUCUAGGGAGGUAUCCGAGCUCAGCGACCGACUGGCUGCAGUCACCGAGGAGAACGCUCUCCUGCGUGAGGAGUGCGACCGGCUAGAGGGAGAGCAGAAGCAGACGAUGGAGCAGAUUGAGUGGCUCACCCACAGCAAGCAGGAGCAUUGCGAGAGAGCCGAGAGCCAGGAGGGAGUAGUGAGAAACCUCCAGGAUCAGCUGAGGAGGCAGGAGAACGAACUCAGCAGUGCCGCGGACGCCGUGAGAGAGAAAGAGACCCGAUGCAUCUCCCUCACCGAGCAGAUGGAGGAGCUCCAACUGGAGCUGGCCAACAUCAAGAGUGGCAAGAGCCACUUUGAGGCAGAGGUCGGGGAACUGGUGCAGAAACUGGAGGAUUUGGAGCAGGCAAACUUUGACCUGAGCACGAAACUCAGCGAUGCCCACAACGAGACAACACUGGUCGUGGCCACGAGGGACGAAAACUCUAACAAGCUGGACGAGCUCCAACAGAAGUACCACGACGUACAGGCACUUCUCCUGGAAAAGGAGUCCCAGCUCUCAGAGUCCCGCUACGCCCGCAAGCUCGUCGAGAGCGAAAAUGUCAACCUCGUGUCGCAGGUCUCGACCCUCUCCGAAAUGGUUGCGGGGAGAAACGCCAAGAUUGAGACUCUCCAGACGGAGGCCUCGUGCUACGAAUCCAGCACCCGGGACAUCAUGUCGAGGAUUGUUUCGCUGGAGGAGGAACACGGGAACUGUUCCCAGCAACAGCAGGCACUCCAGGAUGAAAUUGAUCGUGCCAACUUGUUCACACGCGAGGGAGAACGUCGGGAGAGGGAGCUCAAGGAGGAGAUUUCGUCUCUCAGAUCGAGUCUGAGGGAGAGGAGGGAGCGCUACGAAUCCUUCCAGACGUCAAACAGGGAGCUCAAUCGGAAGCUGCAGGCUCAGGUGGAGAAGGUAGACGAACUCGUGUCCUCCUCUCACGAGUCGAACGCCAGAAUCCAGCAGCUGGAGCGAGAGGUAAAGGAGAGGGAUCACACUGUCACAUCAGCGAGGGGAGAGCUCGAAUUCUUGACGAAACUGAACGCAGACCAGCAGGCUUCCCUCAGAGCAGAGAUUGAGUCCCUCAACAAGAAAUGCGGGGAGCUGAGGGCCAAGUGUGAGGACUACCGCGAGGCCGAAAUCAGGACUGAGUCGGAAAUCCGCGAUCUCCAGAAGCAGCUGAACGAGCUGCAGAUGGUCCACGCCGAGCUGGUUCAAGACCGUCGGCCUCUGCAAGAUCGCUACGACGAGACCCGGUCGCAGCUGCUCAAGGCUCAAGACGAGCUCUACCGCACCCAGAAGGAGCUGAAGAGCGUCAAGUCCGAGCUGCGGUACCAGAAACGGAAGAGGGGUGAGGCGGAGGAGCAGCUGGGUGGGAUGCAGGGGGAGACUGACAGCACCGUGGCCCAGUUUGAGCUCCUGCGGGAGGAGCUGCUGAGGAUUUUGGACGAAGGAGAGGAGAACACUCCGUCUGUCUCGAGGAGGAGACUCAAGGGUAUCAUAAAGCAGUCCAAGAACAACAUCUUGAAGCCUCGGCACAACAUUGACGAAUGACUCUUUCAGCAGUAUGCUAUAAUCAAUACACAUAUAUACCCAAGUGCUGUUGCAAUUAUGUCAUUAUGCCACCAAUAUCACUUUUCGU